AGAGAGAGAGAGCGAGCGAGCGAGCGAGAGGAAGUAUGAUGUGUAUAGACAAGCAUAGACUGUUACAAUGUCAGUGAUAACACACUGUUCUGUGGUUGACUGCUGGUGAAGACUGAGCUGCUGGGAGCUGUGUUUGCGCCGUACAGAGAUCAUCAAGGACCAUGGCAUACAGUGUCAACAUUUGUGAAAUUGAUUCUGGUUCUGAGUCGGAGUCUGACUUUGAGAACAUGGGAGAAAGCGAACCAGGUCAGAGCUCCUUCCCGCUCUUUGGAGAGCCAGCUGCCAGCACCCAGAGGUGUCCUGAAACCCUACAGAUGGACGUUUUUAGGGAAUGUACUGGCACCAAUACAGAACGUCUGCCAUUUCCUGCAAGUGGUCAUGCGAGCGGCGAGACGCGCGACAGGCAGCAGAUGAACCCUCUGCAGAGGCAUCGCUGGUCGGCUGCUACCUUAAAGGUCCUCUGCGCAAUGCCCAGUCGCACUGCUGUGAUGAGAAGCCCUGCAGUAAUUCCACGGCGCGGCAGAGAAUCAUCUCAGCUCCACCGACAGCAGACCUCCUCCUGUGGUUCUUCUCACCCCUCCAGAACAAUCCCAGAGGACGUUGAACAGGCAGAUAUGGAGGAAGUCGGCACUGAAGGAAACAAGAAGCGGCAGCUGAUGCUCGACCUCCGAGGCCUCUCGGUGAGUGAGGGCAUGCGCAAGCUGCGAGCCACGCCGCUCAGCCUGGCCGAUAAGAUGGACGUCAGGCGACUUGCUUUCAGUGACCUAGCUGAGAGUUCACUCAUCGGCGGAAAUAUAGCAUGCUACAGUCGUCUAAGCGUGUGCAUAUCUAGGACUUGGCGUCAUUGCCUGUUCAGCUGCCUCCCCGUCCUCACCUCCCUCCAGUUGUGGCAUUCACCCAUGAAGAGACUGAGCGGGCGUUUCGGGACCGGCGUGCUUUCCUACUUCCUGUUCCUCCGAACCCUCCUGCUCUUUAACCUCCUCCUCUUCGUCAUCUUCGGCCUGUUCCUGGUCUUCCCUCAAGCCGUCAACCCUCCUCCUCUUCCUCGCGGCUCUAAUCUCGACACUUUCACGGGCCUUGAGCUUCUCGCCGGAACGGGUUACAUCUCUCAGAGUGUGAUGUUUUACGGCUACUACACCAACACCAUCCUCAAAACUUGCCGGGCUGCUAACUCCACUGCUGAAUCACCGGAUAUGCCAGUCUGUGAUACCGACGGGCCCCAGACUGUGCCAUACAGCAUACCUGCAGCCUACUUCUUUACCAUCGCCAUCGCCUUCUUCAUUAUCUGCAUCAUCCUCGUGUACAGCAUGUCCAAGUCCUUCGGGAGCAGUUUUCAAGUCCUCAAGUCGAAUGGAAACCUGGCCGUCAAAGUUCUCUGCUCCUGGGACUUUAAAGUCACCAGGGAGACGUCUGUCAAACUGCAGUCUGAGAAAAUCAGCACUCAGCUCAAAGAGCUGCUGUCUGAGAUGAUCCGCGGAGAAGAUAAAAAGAGCUGCAAGCACCGACUCUGCCGCCUGAUGGUGCACCUGAUGGCGUGGGCUAUAUCUCUGGCCAGCAUCUGUCUGGGUGCCAUGGCGGUCCACUAUCUGUCAGAGGCUGCCAUUAAGCAGAGUCUCUUCAAAGACGAUGAGCUGCUGCUCUUGUCUGCAGUGGUGUCCGGCUUUAACCUUUUACUCCCCGGCCUCUUCAACCUGUGUGCUUGGAUAGAGAACCAUGACUCACCCAGUGUUCGCGUCUAUGUCUCCAUCUUCAGGAAUUUGUUGUUGAAGGUCAGCAUUGUUGGAGUGCUGUGUUUCCGCUGGAUGGGGAGGAUUGCUGUGGAACCAGAAAGUCGUGGUUUACAGUGUUGGGAGAGCUUUGUGGGGCAAGAACUGUAUCGCUUGCUCUUGAUGGACUUUGUCUUCACAGUGCUUUACACUUUUUUGGGAGAGUUCCUGUGGAGGCUCUUUUCUAAGAGAAUUCUGAAAAGGAAGAGGAAGCCAGUGUUUGACAUUGCUCGUAAUGUGCUGGAACUCAUAUAUGGACAAACCCUUACUUGGCUCGGGGUGCUGUUUGCGCCACUGCUUCCUGCGGUCCAGAUCAUAAAACUGUUUGUGUUAUUUUACAUGAAGAAGAGCAGUCUAAUGCUCAACUGUCAGGCAUCCAGAAAGCCCUGGAGGGCCAGUCAGAUGACAACACUGUUCAUCUGUCUUUUGUGCUUCCCCUCGUUUCUUGGAGCUGCUGUGUCUAUCACUUACAUCAUUUGGACGAUUAAACCCUCGUCCAGGUGCGGCCCAUUCAGGAAUCUCACCACGAUGUUUCAGUCGGGGCAGCUGUGGGCCCAGGAGCUGGAGAACGCACACCCGAUCCUGUCUCGGCUCAGCUGGGCCUACAACGCUCUGCUGGAGAACCCGCUGUUCUUAUUCCUCGCCUCUGGAGUCUUUCUAUUGGUGAUAUAUUUUCACACUCAAGUUGUUGAUGGGCAAAGGAGAAUCAUCAUUCGGUUGGAAAAGCAAAUUGAAAAUGAGAGUAAAGACAAAAAGUUCCUCAUCACCAAUCUGCAAGCCAUUUAUGAGCGGAGUAGUCUGGUUUCCCCUCACAGAUAA